AUGCGAAUUUUCAGCCUCGAGGCCCUUUUGCUCGCGUCGUGGUCUACGUCUAUCCACGCUCAAGGCCCAGACCCAAUCGCCGACGUAUGCAGGAAAUUUGGACAAUCGGCAGCCGUCAUUGACAGCCGUUUGUACUCGACCGGUGGCUAUGUGAAUUAUGGUGGUUCUGUAACUCCAACGAGCCAGAACUUCACCAGCUCCCUCCUGUACUAUGCCGAUUUGACGACUCAGAGCAACUACCAAUUUCCUCCCGUGUACGCCAAUCUAUCAAAGCCGAGUUACGUUCCUUCGACCAUCGGAGCCGUGUUCUGGCCGGACACUGUCAACAAAUUGAUCUAUCUCUGGGGCGGUGAAUACAAUUGGUCGACUUCUCCUCCCGCCGCGCAACGCCUGUGGUUCUACGACGUGCUUUACGAUACCUGGAAUCUGACUUCAGCUCCCGUGAAUGGGAUCCAAUCUGCAUCCUUCGGAGCCUCGGCCGUGGACCAAGUGAAGGGCGUUGCGUACUACUACGGAGGAUGGACCAACAAUGCGACUACCCUUGGACAUCAAGGAAACCCGGUCGCGCAACAAGGAUUGGUCACAUAUGACAUGACCAAAGAUCUCUGGAAUAACGUCAGCUUCAUCGAUAGCACCCCGCGAGCAGAAGGCGUGAUGUUCUAUCUGCCUGUGAGCGACUCUGGCAUGUUGGUUUACUUUGGAGGUAUUCAACAAACGAGUAAUGGAUCAUUCACCGGAUCGCCAAUGAACGAGAUUCACAUCUUCGAUAUUGCCUCACAAAAGUUCUACAUGCAAACCACCUCGGGCACGGCGCCACCUAUGCGCCGUCGAUUCUGUGGUGGUGCAGCCUGGGCACAGGAUCGUUCGUCCUACAACAUAUAUUUCUACGGUGGUGCCGUUCCACCAGACCAGCAAGGCAUGGGUUUCAACGACGUUUGGAUACUUUCGAUCCCCUCGUUCACAUGGACUAAUUACUACAACGGCACCGGCUACGAGCACCACAGUGCCUCAUGUUCAGUCGUGAAUGGAGCACAAAUGAUCAUCACGGGCGGCUACUUUCCCAACUCGAGCAUUACGGGCUGCGAUAGUCCUCUGACCGCUGCACAACACAAUCUAGAUCUCGGAUCGCAAAAUGUCAUCGGCGCGCAGUGGUAUCAAUUCCUGCCAAACGUGACGUCUUAUCGGGUUCCUCCGAACCUCAAAGAGGUUAUAGGAGGCAGUCCAACGGGAGGCGCCAGUGUAGUUACGCCAACAUCUGGUUUCGGUGACAGCGAUCUCGCAGUCUACAUGACACGACUUGCUCCGUUGACCGGUCGAACGGCUACAAGAGAUGUACAUGUUACCAGCACGCCUGGCUUAAUGUCAGAUGGCUCUUCGCCUUCUCAAGUCAAUACGGGGGCGAUAGCCGGCGGUGUAGUGGGCGGAGUCGUCGGCCUUGCACUCUUGCUCCUUCUUGUUUGGCUCUGUCUCCGGCGCCGUCGCCGCAAUCGCGUGAAUAGCUCCACUCGCAGGGAUGUCUCCCGCCAUCACAAAUCCAUGCCGAUUGCAGAGAUGUCUGCCGAAUCCGCCAUGGCCGAGGCUCCAGGCAGUAGCCCGCCCUCCUACAAUCAUCACAUCAUGUCGACCGCUACAACGCCAAGUACCACGAGAGCCGACGCAGACCACGAUCCAUUCAAGAGCUCGCCGGUGCAGAACCGAUCGGACUGGCCGCUGCCGCGUCAAGCUCCAGCACAGGACAUUCACCAACCGCGACCCGUGUCGCAUCAGCAGCACAUGACCCCUACCUCGCCGGCGAUGCAGCAAUAUUAUCCGCCGCCGUCCACACCGCAGCAACACGAGACGCCCUUGACAAUGCCUUAUGAAUUGUCUUCAGGUGGCUCCAGUCCUCAUUCACGGUCGCCCAGACACGCAUCCGAUCCCAGCAAUACGAUCCGGGAGCAGUAA